AUGGCAGGUUAUGCACGAGACACUGAGUUCAAAGUAGAUAUGAAAAAUCUGAACAUUGAGACAAGGACUAAGAUUCAGACAACAGUGACUGGUGGCGGGGCGGUGGAAAUCGCCAAGCGUCCGAGGACUAUCGCACCGAGAUAUUCUGCGGAGGUCAACUCUUCAGAUGAAGAAGUGUCACUUAUGAAUUCUUGUCCCGUGGUGUCGAAUUCUCUCAAACAAUUCGACUGGAAAGGGCAUCAGCCUGAACCAGUAAACAGCAGCAUUGAUGCCAAAGACCAAAAUGUGAUGCAAGAAGCAACGCAUUGGCAUAGGAAGAUAAGCAAUCAAGAAAAACAAGCGUGUCUUUAA